AUGCGCUUAAAACAGGCCUUCGUAUGUGGUCAAUGCACUGUGCGGCUUAAUCGCCCUCUUCUACAGUAUCAGAGAACUGCCUCUCAAUUUACAUCCAAACGCUUCAAUAGUCAUGUCGCCCAAACCGAUCGACCCGUCCGUGUGGCCGUCGUGGGCUCCGGCCCAGCGGGGUUCUAUGCUGCCUAUCGUCUUUUGGCUAAACAAAAAGAUGCGAUAGUUGAUAUGUAUGAGAAGCUACCUGUGCCAUUCGGCUUGGCUAGGUACGGUGUUGCCCCAGACCAUCCCGAAGUCAAGAAUUGCGAAGACAAAUUCACAGAGGUGGCCGAGUCCACUCGCUUCAAUUUCGUCGGUAAUAUCGACCUCGGGCAUGAUCUGCCGCUCUCUGCCCUCAAACCACACUAUGAUGCCAUCAUAUUCGCCUACGGAGCCACAAAGGAUAAGGAGCUGGGAAUUCCUGGGGAACAGGCUCUGCAUAGUGUGCACUCAGCCCGUGCCUUUGUGGGGUGGUACAACGGUCUUCCAGAGCACAGAGAUCUCGAUCCCGACCUAAGCGGAGAGAACGCCGUUAUUGUCGGACAAGGCAAUGUUGCACUAGACGUUGCCCGGAUUCUUCUUUCAGACGUCGAUGCUCUCAAAAAGACAGAUAUAGCAGAUUAUGCUGUGGAAAAACUCGCCACAAGUCGCAUUAAGCGAGUACGAGUUGUUGGGCGCCGCGGACCCCUACAGGUGAGUGACAAUGCAUCGACUGUUAGUGCCCAGGUUAUUAAUUACUUGACGCAGGCCUCCUUCACUAUCAAAGAGCUCCGUGAAAUGCUACAGCUUCCAGGUGUAUCAUUUGAUCCCAUUCCAAAAGAUAUCUCUCCCCCGGAAGAAGUAGUAUCAGCACUACCCCGGGCGCAGAAGCGUUUAAUGCAGCUCUUGGCUAAAGGAUCAGCCAAUGACCCUCUAACAUCCCCAAAGUCUUGGUCUUUGGACUUCUUACUUGCGCCUGAUUCUCUUCACUGGUCGCCUGAUUACCCAUACCAUCUAUCCCAUGUAAAGUUCUCUCGCAAUGAACUCGACCCAUCCGACCCCCACAGCCCCAGCUCCAAAGUGUCUCCAAAGUACUUGUCGAACGGGAAGCGUGCACAGGUCAACCUACCAGCUAGCGUCUUCUUCCGAAGCGUGGGCUAUAAAUCCCUCCCUCUACCAGGACUAGAGGAUCUUGGUAUCGACUUCGAUGCGCAGCGCGGUAUCAUCCCUAAUGAUGGCUUUGGCCGUGUAACGAGCUUGUCGAACAAGGGCGAGCCUGAAGGUUUACCUGACGGAUCUCUCAUCUCCCACCUACCCGGCCUGUACUGUGCUGGGUGGGUGAAGCGAGGUCCAACGGGUGUAAUUGCCUCGACAAUGACCGAUGCAUUCACUACUGCAGACACCGUUGUGCAAGAUCUGGCAAAACGUGCCGAUUCAACGUCCUUGCUCCAUGCACCCAAACACAGUAGCGGUCUAGGCUGGGACGGUGUGAAGAUCGAGGCCCAGCGCCGUGGUCUACGCCCCACGUCGUGGCAGGACUGGCAACGAAUCGAUGCGGCAGAGCGAGAGAGCGGUCAACUAAAGGGCAAGCCUCGGGAUAAGCUUGGGCGUGUAGAAGAAAUGUUGAAGGUACUUGAUUGA